AAACCCUAGUCCCUAGAUAAACAAACUUUCAAGGCCGACAUAUCUAAUUACCAAGCCUUGGUUUUGUCCGGUGCUGUUAAUCCCUGAUGGCAAAAGCGCUUGGAACAUGAGCAUUGCAAUGGUUCAUAGUAAUAUAGAGAGGGAAUGGGAGAUCAAUGUGGACUUGUUUCAUUUAUUUUAUUUAUCUAAGCGUUGGAGUUUGUUUACUUAAAUCAUUGGAAGAUGUGGAGAAAAAAAAAAUAGAUUUCAAAAUUUUAUAAUAGCUUUUGGGAGCACAUUGGAGCAAAUAAGCAUUGUGGAGCUUGUGGAGCACUGCUCUUUACCAUGGAUUGCUCUCACUUGUUACCUCUCUUCUUUGUUGUAACAACCUCAGCUAACAAUGAGUGGUCGAUUUUCUCGGUCCAUCUAUGUUGGUAACUUGCCCGGUGACAUUAGGGAGUCUGAGAUUGAAGAUCUCUUUUACAAGUACGGCCGCAUAGUGGAUAUCGAAUUGAAGGUUCCACCUCGUCCUCCAUGUUAUUGUUUUGUUGAGUUUGAGCAUGCUCGGGAUGCUGAAGAUGCGAUCGAUGGCCGUGAUGGGUACAACUUUGACGGCUGUCGUUUGAGGGUUGAGCUUGCUCAUGGUGGUCGAGGACAGUCUUCAGGUGAUCGUCGUGGCGGUGGUGGAUACCGUGGUGGGGGUGGUGGCUAUGGCGGCCGUGGAGGUGGUGGUGGAUCAGCCCGGUUUGGUGUCUCACGACACUCUGAAUUCCGAGUUAUUGUACGUGGGCUCCCAUCAUCUGCCUCGUGGCAGGAUUUGAAGGAUCAUAUGCGGAAAGCUGGUGAUGUGUGUUUUGCUGAGGUCACUCGAGACAGUGAAGGAACUUAUGGUGUUGUUGACUACACCAACUAUGAUGACAUGAAGUAUGCGAUAAGGAAACUGGAUGAUACAGAGUUCAGAAACCCCUGGGCUAGAGGCUAUAUCCGGGUUACGAAAUAUGAAAGCUCUCAGUCAAGGAGCCCAAGUAGAAGCAGGAGCCGUAGCCGAGGCCGUGGUCGCAGCCCUAGCCGCAGCGUUAGCAGAAGCAGGAGCCCAAGAAAGGAUCUGAGUAAAUCACCAAGACGAUCCCUUUCAAGAUCGGUAUCAAAAUCUAGGUCGCCUUCUCCUGACGGGAAGAAGAGUCCCCCUAGGGCAAUGUCUAGGUCCAGGUCUCUUUCAAAAUCUCCUGCCAAGGUUCGGGAAGGCAGUGAGUGAUUGCUGCGAUUCCUCCAUGGCAACGAAGAUCGAACGGGAGAAAUCUGGAGUACUAUGCAAACUUGUAAUUUGUUCUCUAGACUACUAGUUCUGGAUACUUUUAUGUCUCUCUGCUACUACUACUUUGGUCUUUAAAACUUGUUAUCUUUACCGGUUCUUUGAAAUAUUUAUGUUUUACUCUUUGUGAGUUUUAGACAGGCAUAUCCUUAUCAAUCCAAACUGCAAACUUCUAAUAUACUGAAGUUGUAAAAUC